CAUGCGCAUUUCCCUAAUUUUACUGAGGUAACGCGAAAUGGCGUCGUCUGCAGACUACAGUAGCUAUAGCCAGGGUGGUGCCCAGCAGGGGUAUGGUUCAUAUGGAGCCCAGCCCUCUCAGGCCUAUGGACAGAGCACUCAGCAGUCGUAUGGCCAGCAAGGGUAUGGGUCUUAUGGCCAGCCUUCUGCUGACUCCGCUUACACGCAAAGUACACCUUCAACGGGGGGCUAUGCUCAGCCAGCUUAUGGGUCAUCUUAUGGACAUCCGCCUUCUGAAGGGACAACUGCAGCUGGGUACACCCCCACCCCUGCCACUCCCCAAGGAUACAGCCAGCCUACCCAGGGCUAUGGUGCAAGCAGCUAUGAUAGUGCCCCAGCCUCCACCUCCAGCACUCAGACAUCCUAUGGGGCGCAGCAGGGCUAUGGGGCCCAGUCUGCCUACCCCAGUUAUGGCCAGCAGCCUUCCUCCACUGCACCCCCUAGAGCACAGGAAGUGAGCAAGCCCCCGGAGAACCCACAAGCCCAGGCAAACCCGUCUGCCUAUAGCCAGGGCUACGGCCAGAGUAAUUUCGCGUACUCCCAGGUGCCUGGCUCUUACCCUCCGCAGUCAGGUGGUGCCCAGGCUUCCUACUCCACCUCCAGCUACAGCAGCAGCAGCCAGCCUUCCAGCUAUGAGCAGGGCUCAUACUCCCAGCCUGGAGGCUAUGGGCAGCAGCCUCAGCAGCAGGGUGGCUACCAGGGCCAGCAGGGUGGCUAUGGUCAGCAGAGCAGCUAUGGCCAGCAGGGGAGCUAUCAGCAGCAGCCACCACCACAGCAGCAGCAGCCACCUCCGUCCUCCAGCUAUCCCCCACCUUCCAGUUCUUAUGGACAGCCUCCACCGUCCUCUCAGUAUGGCCAGCAGGGAGGCAGCUAUGGGCAACAGAGCAGUUACAACCCACCCAGUCAGUACAGUAACUACAGGCAGGAUCGCCCCAGCAGCAUGGGGGGUGGCUACUCAGGUGGGGAGCCAGGGGGCUUCCCUGGGCCUGGUGAGGGCCGUGCCAUGGAUGGCCGGGGCCGUGGUCGGGGAGGCUAUGACAGGGGUGCCAUGAUGCCCAGUGGUGGACUUCAUGGGGGUCCAGGCCGUGGAGGCAUGGGCAUCGCUGGAGACAGAGGUGGCUUCAUUAAGCCUGGUGGACCCAUGAACGACAGACCAGACCGUGAAAUGUUGCGCCCUGAUGAACAGGAUGACUCUGAGAACAGUACAAUUUAUAUCACUGGGCUCACAGAAAAUGCAACAAUCGAGGAAGUUGCAGACUUUUUCAAGCAUUGUGGAGUUAUUAGGAUGAAUAAACGGUUGGGUCAGCCUGCCAUAAACAUCUACACAGACAAGGAGACGGGAAAGCCCAAGGGGGAUGCAACCCUGUCCUAUGAAGACCCAUCCUGCGCUAAGGCUGCCGUGGAGUGGUUUGACGGCAAAGAUUUCCAGGGAAAGAAGCUUAAGGUGUCUAUGGCCCGUCGCAAGCCCAUGAUGGGCCCUGCACGUGGGGGUAUGCCAAUGCGAGAUGGUAGGGGCAUGAUGGGUCGUGGAGGAAUGAUGGGACGUGGAGGUGGUGACCAGGGAGGCUUCAUCCCUCGUGGAGGCCCGCGUGGUGCAGGCAGAGGUGGCCCUUCAGGCAACAUGCAGCAGAGGGCUGGAGACUGGCAGUGCCCCAACCCGAACUGUGGGAACCAGAAUUUCUCCUGGAGGACAGAGUGUAACCAGUGCAAAGCUCCUAAACCAGAAGGCUUUGGACCACCUCCAUUUGGCCCACCAGGUGGAGACAGGGGCAGGGGUGGUCCAGGACUCCAUGGUGGCAGAGGCAUGGAUCGUGGAGGUCCUGGAGGCCCAGGGGCCUUCCGUGGCGGUCGUGGGGGUGACCGCGGAGGCGGAUUUCGGGGAGGCCGUGGGAUGGACAGAGGCGGGUUCCGUGGGGGAAGCCGAGGAGGCCCCCCCAUGGACCCAAUGGGUGGCAGAGGAGGCAGGAGAGGCAUGGGACCACCUGGCAAAAUGAUGGAUAUGAAGGGAGACCACCGUCAGGAGCGCCGCGACAGACCUUACUGAGGCAUCAUGUACAGACUUCCAGUUAAUACAGGAUUUUUUUAAUGCCACACAGUUGUCAUUCCAUAUUUAUAAUAGCUAAUGGAAACUUAGUGCUUAUUUCAUUACUGUUAGUGAAAGUUUUGUUUUUUAUUGUAUUUUUUUCCGGUUAUUUUGUUCAUGGAAAGUGAACGAGUGUCAAGCAUGGUUUUUAUGUAUAGACUUUGGAAGGUACAAUGUUAGUGGCUUUUUAACUUUUGCUUAUGUUUGUUCCCCUCACUAAUGGAAAUAAAAUGCCAGCUUCAAAGUGGUUACUGUAAAGGAUCUUUGUCAGUUUCAUGUGCUACAUUCUACAUGAAGCAGGAGUAACAGCAGUGUUGCUUGGUGGACUAUUGACUGUUCUUUGGUUGCUUUUGUGAGCAUGUUAGUUUUUAAUAAAAAGUU